UAAUUUAAUGACUUUUCACUUGUGGUGUGACGACAGUGAAGAUUGAAGACAAAAAUUUUUGCAGUAACAUUCGGGGGAAUUUCGAGCGAAAUAAGUAUUUCUUUACCGUCCAGGGAUUGCAUCUAACGGCAAAGGCCAAGGUACUUUUGCAGUUGGGCAAAAAAUUGGGCCGUUUCCCGUAGCGAACGACAAAAGUUGGACAGAAUUCAGGGGGCCACUCGUCCAUUAAUGAUGGUGGUUCUCCAACAAUAAAGAAAGAAAAAGUGGGUCUGAAAGACCCUGUGGAUUGAGGACAGUCUUGUUCCCUUAUUUCUGAGGAGGAUUGGGAAAGUGUUGUGAAGAAAAGAUUACGAUACAAAAACUGAGUCAGUUCUGUACGGGGGUUGAAGUAAGAUGGAUGACGAAAGCAGCGAUAGUAUCGAGUUGAGCAGGAGUAAACGCAACGAGCGCGUCGAAAAGCUGGGAUUCCGCCCACAGAAGGAACUUUUCUGUAACAAAUUUCUACCGUACGCGGACCGCCUGGACAAUGAGUCGCAAAUCAUGUUGGAGAAUAUCAAGAACAACCUCGGGAAAGCCGUGGCCAUGCGGGAGAUUACACCCGGGGUGUCCAUUUACGUUUCGCGGUUAAUGAAGUACAUUAAAUUGUAUGGAAUGAAAUUUUCCAAGGAAGAUCACAUCAAGUUCGUGAAACUAUUGCUGGAAUUGAUUUGUAUUCCCAAUCUGGAACCAGAUAAGGUUAACAAAUUCUGCUAUGCAAUCACCACAAUGUUGAGGAAACCGGAAUGGCUUACUCCCGAAGAUAUUCAAAUUGAUUGGCGCCCUUUGUACAAUUUGAGUAACCUGAUAUUAAAUAAAAACUGCAGUAAAGGAGAUUCCUAUCGUUAUUUCGCGAGAAGUGUUAUGAGAAAAUCGAAAACACCCCAAUCACCACUGGCUCAAUUGAUUGCAAUGGCGAAGGAAAUGGGCUACGAUGUUACUUCAUUUUUGGCCGGCUCCGGCAUCAAUUUAUCGGACCAGGAUGAUAUACCGUCUCUGGAAACCAACUUGCAGUUCGUCAUUCAGUACUGUGCUCCAUACUUUCCUCGUUCGUCGACGCAGGAAAUUCUGGACGAACUGCUGCCGAAGCUGCAACCAUUGGACACCGGUAAAAGUUUCGAUACGUUCGGUAUGUUGCACAUUUUCCUGAGUUGUGAGCACGAUUACGAGCUAUGGUUCGAAAAAUUCAUGUCCAUCUGGGAUGGAUAUCAUAAUCCACCGUGGGGCGUGGACAUGAUGAAUAUUUUUGCAACCGUUGGAUUUAAAAACAUUGGCUACAUCGAAUGGGAACCGUAUAUUCCAACUAUGUUCGCGAGGAUUAUUCGGUCGGUUGAUUUUCCUGUAAGCUAUAAGUGUACCAAGAGCUCGAAACUUCAGACUUUGUCGUCCCAAUCCAUAGCAAUUUGGAUUGUGUCGGUGCUAGGACCGAAAAGCAGUGCUCAACAGUAUCUCAACAAGUUUAUGGCAACGAUAGAAUCUUACCUUCAUCCGGCAAACUCUGGAAAAUGGGUAACGAUGCUGGGAGAAAUUUUGUUUCAGCUGCCGAAGUAUUUCUUCGAUCGCUUGAUUUUGGAACGCUACCGAAAGCAUCCGUUCCGGAGACCAAUUCCAGAGAGCCACAAGUUGACGGAAGAUUGCGUAACAGCUUUUGUGGAGUGUAUGAAACCGGUUGCUUACCAAGCUAUGUAUUCGCGGCUUAAUCCCCAAGACGUGGGAAAGAUUUUCCAGCAUCUAGCAGAUCUACGACCAGCUUUAAUUAUUCCUACCAUUAUUGAUCGGGUGUAUGCGAGCUUGGAUUCUUUGACUGAACCGCACAAGAUGACUGCAGCGCUACAAAGUCUGAUAAGCGUAUCACGGGCCUUGGUUAGUGCCCAUAAUGGGUACACCGAGGGUAGAAAUCAUAUUAUUCCCAUUUUCUUCGCCACCCUUCCGGGAAUUGACCCGAACGAUUUCAAAAAGACAUCGAUCACAUUCCACUUCCUCACAUCGAUAUCGUUUCUGAUACCGAUUAUAGACUGUUCGAAAGCAGGGCAAUAUCACGACCUGACGGAAGAUGAACGGAUGCUGUGCGAACAAACAGCCGACUUCGAAAAUUUCGUACUGCAAUAUAUGGACAGAAUUUUCCUUCUGAUUGAAAGCAGCUCGAUGGAUAACGUUCGUAUGGAACAGUCCGAUGCGGAUGCCACACGUUCAAAGAUGGAAUCCAUCUCCGAAGCUUUGGUGCAGUCCUGUACUCACGGUAUUUUGGGUCAAUGUUCUAAGGAUAUUUUAAAUGCGGUUUCACGGAAGUUAAUCGACUUUGUUAAAACUAGACUAUUAGAGCCUAAGGUAGCAGGGCAAUUGGUUGGCUGUUUGGUUAGAGUGUUUGCUAGAAUACAUGGAGCGGAAGUUUUACGUUCGUUGAUGCCUUAUUUGGUGAGCACUAUUGAGCGUUACAUAGAAGAUCAUGAUGAUAUUGUUGAGAUCGAACACCAAAACGACGAAAUGCUGUAUUAUCUACUAUUACUGACCAAUAUGAUGCGUGGAGACCCCCGUGAAGUUGGGAAGUAUGUGGACAGCGUCAUUCCAAUUUUGGAUCAAAUCCUCAAGUUCAAGUGCAAGCAAGCCAAUAGAUACGGUUCUACCAUGAUAGCCAAUCUGAUGAGUAAUUUAUCAACGAUGCAAACACUUGAUGUUAAAAACAGCCCGGAAAGUUUUGAAAAACCUUUAUCAGAAUUUUUACCGAUUCGAGCAUGGGGAGAAAAAAUGGGACCGGAAGGAAAAUUGGAUUGGUGUUUCCCAGAUGCCAAUUCACUGCAUGUUUGUGAGAAACUGAUGCAUCGUUAUUUGAUUCCCAUUUUGGAUAACUUCGAAAAGUACUGUCAAGGUGAUCUGGAACUUAGUCGCGAUGACAUCAACCGAGAAGUAACGAUUAUCCAAUCUUUGAUGAGAUGUUCCAAUUUUCUGCCCAACUGGGACGACGAAGAGCCAAUUCCUUUGUUUUUAUCCUGCUUGGAUCGCACAGAGAUGAAAUGGAACGUUACACAAGGAUUUGAUGAGUUGGUUAUCAGAAUGCCAGGUGGAGAAAACGUACGUAGAACGAUUAUAAAAUCUAUGAGUGCCCUGCAACGUAAAAUUUUGGAGAAAUCUGAAGACGAUAUCAAAUCUCUUAAGUCAAUCUUGCUAUUGUACGAUAAACUUUUUAUCCGCAAGCAUGCCAACAGUGCUUUCGAUAAUCAGCUUAAAAAUUUCAACAACACCAAAAAGUUUCAAACGUACAGAUUGACUCGGUACAAACGAGAUGUACGGGCCGUUGUUGCUACCCGUGUGAUAAUGCAGCAGGAUUGUCGGGAUGAAAUUGAUCAGCCACUUUUCACUGCCACCCAUUUGGAAGUUUUGAUGAACCUGUUGGAGUUAUCCACCUCACACUAUAGCAGUGUGCGUGCAACGGCUCAGAGUAAAUUAUUUACAUUGUUAUCAACGUUUUCGUUUAGCUACAAAUUAAUCACAGAUAAGAUCUUAGAAUACCUCCGGUUAGAUUCCAAUGAAAAUCACGAACAAUUUAAAGGAAUUCUUUAUAUUUUGGUAUCAAAUCGGAGAUCUAGAUUAAUCAUCAAACAUGAUUGGGAGUUUCUUAGUCGUAUUUGGGUUACUUUACUGCAAUCUAAUUUAUCGGAAAAACCUUCGGUUGUUAAACUGAUUGAUGCAGUGACGGAUGUGAUUAACAACGAAUUUCCAACAACCACUACUGAAAUAGAAGUUCCCGAAUCCUGUGUCGAAUUAGGGUUGGCCCUUCGAACUCGUUCUGACAAACUGGACCUGGAAGCUGGCCGACAGGCAAGGCAAGCAAAGAAUAACAGAAACGUUGAGAUAUACUAUGAUCUAAUUGCACAAAUACUUUCCAUUGUGGAAAAUGAUAAACUUUACUGGAGAUAUCAUUUCUUAGCUUCAACAAUGCUAAACAACCUGGUUCACCCUUUGACAAAGUAUCCCUCGACGGUAGCACAGUUUUCCGUUAAUAAUCUGAUACAUGAUUCGUGCGAAGAACGUAAACUUGCAAUCUGCUUGUUAAACCACAUUAUUCGACAGCAAAAAAGGGAACAUAUCAAAGUUACGGUGAACCCGUACGAAAUUGCUGGCAUUGCUCACAAAGCCCCGAUCAAUGGUUCUGACGUUGCGCCAGGUUUCAGAGAGGACAACCUUUGGUUGCAGUACGACGUAGAAAAAGCUCCGAAAAAUCAGGAACAAUGGGACGAACCUCGAUACACGUUCAAAACGGACGGCUUCUUUGGCUGGAGUAGUAAAUUUGAAGUAUAUGCGCCUAGUCGGGAUCAACCAAUCUUGGAUCGUACCGAGGACGAGAUGAAUGAAUGUGAACGUAUAAUUUUUAGGUUCUUUAAUCAACAAGACAACGUUGAUAAAUUAAUCAAGUUUUGGGCGCUUGAAGAGAAAAAAGGACGCGAUAAGUUCCAGAGGAAUCGAUUCCUUCUCAUUAAAGGUCUAAUGAAUGCUUUUGGGGAUAUGCUCUUGGGUAAAUUUGUGCCGCAUCUCCAUCCACUAAUCGAGGACAAGAAAUCGGAAAGUAGCCAUCGUUGUGCUGCUGAAGUCAUGGCCGGGAUAAUGAGGGGAGCUAAACAUUGGCCGUACGACAAAACCAAUGCCAUGUACGAACAAAUAGUGCCUUUGAUUCGUCUAGCGCUGAACAACGUCACUGUGGACACGGAUGUGUAUUGGGGGACCUGCUUUGCAACCGCUGCUGAGUUCAUGGAUCCAUCACGACAAUAUUGGUUGCACGAAGCGUUGCUGGAAGAUCCCUUGCAAGAAACAACGAGCUUCAUCGACUGCAAUCGGUUGUACUGCCUACAAGGGGCUUUCAACCAGCACGUCUGGAGAAUGUCUAGCGUAGCGAAAAGGCUCCUAGAAUAUCUUAGACCGUACUUGAAUCAUUCAUUCCAAAACGUCCGCGAACGGUUAGGAAGCACCUUGAUUAACAUUUUUGAAGCCGAUCUUCGUUUUGCCGGUUAUCAAAGUAUUGCCUUAUCCCCGAAAGUUAGUGAUAUGAUAGCUUACGUACGCCCUAAACUACAAAUACUGCUUGAUGAAGAGUAUUCAUCAACGGCAAGCGAUAAAUCCGAAUCGGGUUCGGUCUCCGAAGAAGGUAGCACUUCAGCGAAGAAAGAAGAUUCCGAAUAUGAAAUCGCAGUUCGAUUGUUCAAAACGGUGAUUCAGUGGCUAACCUGUGCGAUAAACCGAUGCUCCAAUGGCAACGAAAUCGAGUACUUCGAUUUGCUACCCAUCGCAUGCCGGUUGGAACAUUCCGAACAAGAUCAGGAACUAGCGGAGAUUUGCACCACGCUUUUAGCGCUAGUAUCGCAAGCUUUAACGCUGAUUCCAUGUAUGGAAGCGGCAUUAAACAAAAUAGACGAAAUUUCCCAAAUGAGCUCUUGGUCAGCGCGACGUGCCGUCAUCGAUGUGCUGCAGGUCUUGGUUUUCUACAAUAUGACAAUAAUUCUUAGCAACGAAAGCUGGAAAGCGAAAACGCAAGAAAUCGUGCUGCGCUUGUUGGAGGACAACGUAGUAGAAGUUAGAGAAAAGGCAGCUGAAGUUUUAUGCGGACUCUUACAUUGUUCAUUCCUGACGGCAACCGACGAACUGCUGGAGCUUUUUAAGACCAAAUGUAGAACAAAAAUGAUUCGCGCAAAACGUAUUAAAGUAACACCGAGUUGUUCCAGCGAAGUAGCGAAGAGUGAUGGUGUUGAAGCGAAUGCGGUUCGUGCACGUCAUUCUGGCGUUCUAGGAUUAUGUGCCUUUAUAUCCGCGUACCCAUAUGAAGUGCCUGAAUUUGUUCCGAACGUGUUCGAACACUUGGGAGCUCAUCUGAAUGAUCCGCAGCCGAUUCCGGCUACGAUCCGUAAAACGAUGGGUGACUUCAAAAGGACCCAUCACGAUAACUGGGAGGUACAUCAGCUCAAAUUCACCGAGGAUCAGCUGGCGGUCUUGAGUGACUUAACGAUUCCGCCCUCGUAUUACGCAUAAGAUAGUUAUUUUGUUUGCUUUGCUUCAUAAGG